CCGUGCCCCUUGUCGGGCUGCUUGUUUGGCUGCUGCCGUCACCUCAUGGCGACGCGGGUAGAGGAGGCAGCGCGGGGAAGAGGCGGCGGCGCCGAGGAGGCUAUUGAAACCGGACGGGGCGGACGGCGACGCAGCCCGCGGCAGAAGUUUGUGAUGGGCACAAUGGAAGAAGCUGGAGUGUGUGGGUUAGGGGUGAAAGCAGACAUGUUGCGCAACUCUCAAUCAAAUGAUAUUCUUCAACAUCAAGACUCAAAUUGUGGUGGUACAAGUAACAAGCAUUCAUUGGAAGAGGAUGAAGGCAGUGAUUUUAUUACAAAGAAUAGGAGUUUGAUGAGCCCAGCAUACUGCACACAAGAGUCGAGGGAGGAGAUUCCUGGGCGAGAGGCUCGAACAGAUCCCCCUGAUGGUCAGCAAGAUUCAGAAUGCAACAGAAACAAAGAAAAAACUUUAGGAAAAGAAGUUUUAUUAUUGAUGCAAGCCCUAAACACCCUUUCAACUCCAGAAGAGAAGUUGGCAGCUCUCUGUAAGAAAUAUGCUGAUCUUCUGGAGGAGAGCAGGAAUGUUCAGAAGCAAAUGAAGAUUCUGCAGAAGAAACAAGCCCAGAUCGUGAAAGAGAAAGUUCACUUACAGAGUGAGCACAGCAAGGCUAUCUUGGCAAGAAGCAAACUAGAGUCCCUUUGCCGGGAACUUCAGCGUCACAAUAAGACAUUAAAGGAAGAAAAUAUGCAGCAGGCACGAGAGGAGGAAGAAAGACGUAAAGAAGCCACCGCACACUUCCAAAUUACCUUAAAUGAAAUCCAAGCACAGCUCGAACAACACGACAUACACAACGCCAAGCUCCGCCAGGAAAACAUUGAACUGGGAGAGAAGCUGAAGAAGCUCAUUGAACAAUAUGCACUGAGAGAGGAGCAUAUUGAUAAAGUGUUCAAACAUAAGGAGUUACAGCAGCAGCUUGUGGAUGCCAAGCUUCAGCAGACAACACAGCUAAUAAAAGAAGCUGAUGAAAAACAUCAAAGAGAGAGAGAGUUUUUAUUAAAAGAAGCAACAGAAUCAAGGCACAAAUAUGAACAAAUGAAACAGCAAGAAGUACAACUAAAACAGCAGCUUUCUCUUUAUAUGGAUAAGUUUGAAGAAUUCCAGACCACCAUGGCGAAAAGCAAUGAACUGUUUACAACCUUCCGGCAGGAGAUGGAAAAGAUGACCAAGAAAAUUAAAAAACUGGAGAAAGAAACAAUAAUAUGGCGUACCAAAUGGGAAAACAAUAACAAAGUGCUUCUGCAAAUGGCUGAAGAGAAAACUGUCCGUGAUAAAGAGUACAAGGCCUUUCAGGUAAAACUGGACCGGUUAGAGAAGCUGUGCAGGGCUCUGCAGACGGAACGGAACGAGCUCAACGAGAAGGUGGAAGUCUUGAAGGAGCAGGGCUCGGGGAGGGCGGCGGGUGCGGAUGUAGUGCCGCCCGGGACCCAGCCCUGCGCUGCCCCGGUGACCCCCAAGGAGCCGGACACUGCUUCCAAGGGCGCCCCGGGCGCCCCCCAGGAGGCUGCGCCCAAGGCAGUGAAGGAGAAGACGGCCGUGUCCGCGGGCGCCGGGCCAGGCAUCGAGUCCGUCGACUGAAACGAAGUAUGAUCACUGUAUCGAGAGCUAUAUUUUGUGUAUAACUUUCUGUUAGUAGUAACUAUUUGGUUUUGUGGUGAAAAUUUUCUUACUUUUUCUACCAUAUCCGUAUUUUCUUAGAACUACUGGACUUACGUGGUACAGGAGGCUGCUUAGCAGUUUUGAAUAGUUUUCCUUCUAUACGUUUUCCUCAGCCGUGUUGCACAUCUGCCUCAUUUCCCUUCAUUGGACUGCAUGUGACCAUUGCCUUGUCCUAUCUUCCCUGUUCCUUGCCCAGAAUUACUCUUAAUUUCACUCGAGAUGGGACCGAUCAUUACAGGGGAACUUUGUUCUGAUAAUGGUUCCUUGAUGUGAACACAAUAUUCGUUUAUUGAAACAUCCUGCCUCCCCCUCCCCCCCAUUAAUAUUUACUCAAAAAGAACCCAAGAUGAUUAGUUUUGUGUAAUAGCCAAAUGCCAAGUAAAAAUAAAGUAGGGUCGGGUCAGAAACCA